ACAACUUCAGAAUAAUAAGAGGGAGAAAAUAAAAAUAAAAUAAAUGGGGUCAUCUUGCACAUUGAGAGCCUUAGGUGCAAUUCUUCACAGAUUCACUAAUGGGGUCUCCUCCAAAUGCCCCAACUCCAUGGCUCUUCAGUGGAAUGGCCUGCUGAGUAGAAAGUUAUCAUCUUCAUCUUCAAUUUCAUCAUUGCCUUCAUGGAUUUCGACCCACAUACAUGGCAGUGCUACUGUGACAAGAACCAUAUGGACCGUCUCUCCUCUCUCUAUGGGCAGACGUUCCAGCAAAAUCGCUGGCCGAAAGGGGGCUCAAGAUGCAAAGAAGGCAAAGCUGUAUGCGAGGAUUGGGAAGGAAGUUGUGUCUGCUGUAAAGAAAGGUGGUCCAAGUCCUGUAUCAAAUACGGCACUGGCUACUGUGCUGGAGAAAGCCAAGGAGCUUGAUGUACCCAAGGAAAUUUUGGAGCGCAACAUUAAGAGAGCAUCUGAGAAAGGACAAGAAGCUUACAUUGAGAAAGUAUACGAGGUAUAUGGUUUUGGUGGAGCUAGUAUGGUAAUUGAGGUUUUGACCGACAAAAUAAACCGAUCUGUGGCAGCGGUUAGAGAGGUGGUGAAGGACUGUGGGGGAAAGAUGGCAGAUCCGGGAUCUGUUUUGUUCAAAUUCAGGCGUGCUCGGGUUGUAAACAUAAAAGUUUCAGAUGCUGACAAAGAUCAACUCCUUUCCAUUGCUUUAGAUGCUGGUGCUGAGGAUGUUAUUGAACCGCCAGUAUAUGAAGAUGACACUGAAGAAGAUAUGUCAGAAAGCUAUUAUAAAAUUGUAAGUUCAGCAGAGAACUACUCAACGAUACUUUCAAAGCUGCGUGACGGAGGAGUAAGUUUUGAGACGGAUAAUGGUUCUGAGCUACUUCCAAUAAGCACUAUUGAGGUAGAUGACGAGGCUUUGGACUUGAACAAGGAACUUAUGUCCAAAUUACUUGAGCUUGACGAUGUUGAUGCAGUGUAUACUGACCAGAAGUGACCAAAAUCUCGAUCUUUAGUCAUCAUCUAAGCGAUUGAAUCGAGCUAUUGGCCUUAUAAUACAUCUAUCCGGUUCGUUUUCAUUUGACCUUUUUUAUCUCGAGGAAAGUAUAUCUGUCAGACCAUUUAAAGAGGAGAGAAGGAUAGGGGUUGUUACCUUUCUGUUCUCUCUAGGAAGAAAUUUUGAUCUGCCGUAUUUUCAUUACUAGUGAAAUUAUGAGGAAGAAGAGCAAAAAUUGAAUAUGAUUUGUUUUUGGAGAACAAAAAAAAACCAUGAAUAACAAUAUAAGGUUUGAAUC